AUGGUCCGAACAACGUCGCCCGAUGGGCCAACACCCGAGACCGUGAUUGGCCCCCUUGCUGCGCCCAUGGUGGGGGGCUUGUUCGCUUCGGCUUUUGGCUGGAGGUCUUGCUUCUACACUGUGGCGGCCCUGACCUUCCUGCUCUUCAUGAUUAGCUACAGAGUGCUUGAGGAGACUGCCCCCAGCUACCAAGGUGGCAGUUACUUCGAUUCAGUCCAACGAGUCUUGUUUCACAGCCGCCGAGUCCUCAUUUUGGUAUCUUUGGGGAUUUGCAAGGGCUAUUUUGACAUCAUUUCGGGAGGAUCCACCUUCAUCCUCCAAUGGCAUCAUCAAUUCAACAUGACCCAGGCCUCGUUGCUGUCCACCUUCUUUGCCCUCUUCGGGUUUCUCGGGGUCCUCAUCUCCAGCUACAGUGGCAAGACACCCAGCGAGGUUUUCUGGAGUUUCUCCUCCUUGGUGGCAUUGGCUGGAGUUCUCACCAUCCUCGCAGGUCUUCAAGAGAGCAGUGAGGUCUUGUUCUUGUGCAGCAUCUCGCUGGGGACCAUGGUGCUUUACCCGCCCUACUUGGCGCUCUUGACCGAUUUUACGGCGCAACUGCAGGACAUCGCAGGAUUGGCGACCUCUUUGGGAACCUCUGUGGCACAGGUGCUGAGCUUCGCGCUGAGCGUGCCAGGCAUGAAUUUGGCUGGUGUGGGCCCACGGCAGAUGAUGUUCACUCUGGGUGGCCUCCUCUUCUCCUCGCAAGUCCUUUGCCUUGCGCUGAGUCAUGGAGCGAUGUCCUGGAAGAAUACUGCAUAA